AUGUCGGCGGUGCAGGUCGCGCGACUCAAGGACGAGGGCACGAAACAACAAGUUGUGGUAGCUGGAGCGGUAGCCGGGCUCGUGUCGAGGUUUUGCAUUGCCCCAUUAGAUGUGGUGAAGAUUCGACUGCAGCUUCAACCCCACUCACUAUCGGAUCCAUUGUCCUGUGAUGGCAUCAAAGGUCCGAUUUACAAAGGUGCAUUCCGCACCCUGACCACCAUUGCACGACAGGAAGGUAUCCGCGCACUAUGGAAAGGCAAUAUCCCUGCCGAGCUGAUGUACGUCUGCUACGGCGGCAUCCAGUUUACGGCAUAUCGAUCCUUCACCCAAGCUCAAGCCCUGCUCCCUUGGCGGCCACCACCUUCUGUCGAGUCGUUCAUUAGCGGUGCAUGUGCAGGAGCUGCUGCGACGUCGGUGACAUACCCACUUGAUCUUCUACGCACGCGGUUCGCCGCUCAAGGUCCGGAGCGUGUGUACAGAGGUCUGCUUCAUUCUGUCCAAGACAUCACACGACACGAGGGACCGAGAGGAUUCUUCAGGGGUCUCAGUGCGGCAAUCGGCCAGAUUGUACCGUACAUGGGCCUCUUCUUCACCAGCUACGAACUCUUGCACCAACGGAUUGGUGGAACGAAUUUACCUUUCGGGUCUGGCGACGCCACUGCCGGAGUCUUCGCCAGUGUGUUUGCAAAAACAGCUGUCUUCCCACUCGAUCUCGUGCGGAAGAGACUGCAAGUCCAAGGACCGACGCGGACCAGAUAUAUCCACACGAACAUCCCCGAAUACCGAGGCGUGAUUCGAGGUCUCAUCAUGAUCUGGCAGAGAGAAGGAAUCCGCGGUUGGUAUAGGGGGCUGACCGUCAGCUUGGUAAAGGCAGCACCGGCAUCUGCAGUAACGAUGUGGACGUACGAGCGCGUCCUCAAAUCACUGAUAACGUCGGACAAAAACGAUGAGAUGUGGGAGAUUUAUACUGGCUACGAUGAUGAAGAUUAUGAUGACUGA